UAGUUUUGAAGGCUUAUUUUACGUAACGGGUAUUGGGUGUUUGGUUUGGGGUGUAGAUUUGGUAGAUAUUCAUGUGUUGUCCAGUGCAGGAAAUGAUUUUUAUCUUCGGCUUGCUGGUUCAGAACUGAGUAAGUCGGGCAUGAAUUUAUUUUAAGUUUAUUUUGUGUUAUUUGUAGCUUGAAAUCAAGUAUGUUCGAACUUCAGAUAACAAGAAGAAAAAGAAAAAUACGGUAGCAAUUGUCGUAGGGAUAAUUGUCUCAGCAAUGGUUGUUUCAGUGCUAUGCAUCUACCUAGUGAUGAAGUACAGAAAAAGAGUUAAAGAUUUCAUUGAGUUGCAAAACAGCCACAGUCAAGGAUUAAAUGACCAUUUUAGCAGUGUAUUUGAAAUCAGAGAAGAAGAUCAGGAUGGAAAGAGCAAAGGUUCACCUUUACUUAGUUUUGAUUCGAUUGUAGCAGCAACUGAAAAUUUUUCUCUCCAUAAUUUGCUUGGCAGAGGAGGAUUUGGUCCAGUUUAUAAGGGCACAUUGCCUGGUGGGCAAGAAAUUGCUGUAAAAAGACUGUCAAGGAGUUCAGGACAAGGCCUGGAGGAAUUCAAGAAUGAAGUUAUCCUAAUAUCCAAGCUACAACACCGGAAUCUUGUUAGACUCUUGGGAUGUUGCAUUCAAGGAGAAGAAAAGAUACUGAUCUAUGAAUACAUGCCAAAUAGAAGCUUAGAUGCAUUUCUUUUUGAUACAAACAAGAACAGAUUACUAGAUUGGAAAACACGAUACAGAAUCAUCCAAGGCAUUGUUCGAGGGCUCUUGUAUCUUCAUAGGGAUUCCAGGCUCAGAGUAAUCCACCGAGAUCUCAAAGUUAGCAAUAUAUUGUUGGAUGAAGAGAUGAACCCCAAAAUAUCAGACUUUGGCAUGGCAAGGAUUUUCGGGCGUGAUGAUAACGAAACAAACACAAAGCGGGUUGUUGGUACAUAUGGUUAUAUGUCUCCAGAGUAUGCAAUGCAAGGUGCAUUCUCAGUGAAGUCAGAUGUCUAUAGCUUUGGAGUACUGCUUCUUGAGAUUGUUAGCGGAGAGAAAAAUAGCACAUACGAAAAUCCUGAAUUCUGUCUUGGCCUCUUACCCUAUGCAUGGAAGCUAUGGAAUGAAGAUAACGUUAAGGAUUUUAUCGAUCCAUCUAUAAGGGAUUCAUGCCCAAUAAGUGAAGUAUCGAGAUGCAUACAUGUUGGUCUAUUGUGUGUACAAGACCAAGCAUUGGAUAGGCCAACUACGUCACUGGUUGUUACAAUGUUGGAUGGUGGAAGUAGUGGACUUGGCUUGCCGCGACAACCAACAUUUGCUGCAAAGAAAACACCAAGUGAAACUGAUACAUCGACAUCUGAUCUUAAACGCUCUGGUCACGUUUCAUUCACUACACUAACAGGACGAGACAGUUUGGUUUCAAACCUGACGGCUCUUUUGCCACUUUCUCACUUCCAUUAUUUUCAACACGCGAAAGAAAUCAUUAAUGUUUACCGCACUUUCAGAAAACAUACAACAAAAUCUUCUCUCUCUCUCUCUCUCUCUCUCUCUCUCUCUCUCUUAAUAGAUAUAUCAGCAAUUACGGAGGCAAUAUCCCCAGUUAAUUUCUUCAAGCUCAUGACACCAAUGAAUUCUCUCUUGAUCCUCCUCCCUCUCUUCUCUCUCUUCCUAGCAUCACAAUCCACAGACACGUUAGUCCCAGGCCAAUCUCUAACUGAUGGCAACACCCUCAUCUCCUCGGGCCAAAUCUUCGAACUGGGCUUCUUCAGCCCGCAGAGCUCCGCAAACCGUUACAUCGGCAUCUGGUACCACAACUUCUCCACUGACACUGUCCUCUGGGUCGCCAACCGCCAGGUUCCGGUCCUCGACAGGUCUGGCUCCCUGAAAAUAUCCACAAAUGGAAACAUGAUCCUCGUCAACGGAGAGAACAAAACUCUCUGGUCAUCGAACAUUAGCACCUCUACAAGUUCCGACGAGAUGACUGUCCAGUUAUUAGACAGUGGAAAUCUCCAGCUUACCGAUUCGUCAGAAGUCAUGUGGCAGAGUUUCGAUCAUCCAACUGAUACGUACUUGCCGGGUAUGAAGGAUGGGCUAGAUUUACAGACUAAUGUGAACCAACUGUUUACAUCGUGGAAGAGUCGAAGCGAUCCUGGAUUAGGAAACUACUCGAUGGGCAUUGAUCCCGAUCGGUCGACGCAGAUAUUUAUAUGGGAGGGGACGAAACCCAGGUGGCGGUCUGGGAGAUGGAAUGGGCAGGUUUUCAUUGGGGUUCAGGGGAUGGUGGCUAUGUAUAUUUAUGGGUUUAAGCUUAGUAAUUUUGAGCAGGAGGGCAAGAUGUAUUUUUAUUAUUCGGCGUUUAAUGCUUCGCAUAGGUAUGUUAUGACCUGGGAGGGGAUUUUGAAGCAUAUGAUCUGGCAGAAUGAUACUCAGGAAUGGUAUCAGUACUGGGCAGAACCAGUACAAGAAUGUGAAUUCUACAACAAAUGCGGUAAUUAUGGCAGCUGCACCGACAGCAACAGCCCCAUAUGCUCAUGUUUACAGGGUUUCGUACCAAAAUCAAAGAAUGAGUGGAGCAAUGGCAAUUGGACGAGCGGAUGCAUCCGAAGGACGCCGUUACAAUGCGAGAGAAAUAUUAGCGACGUCAAUAAAGGAGAGCAAGAUGGAUUCUUGAUGCUACAAGGAGUGAAACUACCAGAUAUUUCUGAUUGGGAUCAAAGUGUCGUCGAAAUUGGUAAAUGUCAGCAGACUUGUUUGGCUAAUUGUUCGUGCAAGGCGUACUCGUUUGUAACGGGUAUUGGAUGCCUGAAAUGGGGUGUCGAUUUAGUGGAUAUUCAUAUGUUUUCAAGUGGAGGGGAGAAUUUAUAUCUAAGGCUUGCCGGUUCAGAGCUAGACAAGAAGAAGAAAAAUAAUGCGGUGGUCAUCAUAGUGGUAGUUGUUCUGGUAGUGUUUCUUUCUCUUGGGUGCAUAUACCUUGCUUGCAAACACAGAAAGAGGGUUGGAGCAUUCAUUAAAUUGCGAAAGGGUCAGAGGACCACGGUUCGCAAUCAAGCUAGAGAUGGAGGAUCAAAUGAGUACUCUGAUCGCGCAUUUGAACUUAGAGAAGAGGGAGAUGAUAGAAAGAACCCUUUACUAAGUUUCGAUUCAAUUGUCGCCGCCACUGGAAACUUCUCUCUAUCAAAUUUACUUGGUGAAGGUGGAUUUGGUCCAGUUUAUAAGGGUACACUUGCUGAUGGGCAAGACAUUGCUGCGAAAAGACUGUCGAGGAGUUCAGGCCAAGGUUCUGAAGAAUUCAAGAAUGAAGUUAUACUAAUCUCCAAGCUUCAACACCGAAAUCUCGUUAGGCUCUUGGGCUGCUGCAUUCAAGGAGAAGAAAAGAUUUUGAUCUAUGAGUACAUGCUAAACAGAAGCUUAGAUGCUUUUCUGUUCGAUGCGACGAAAAAAAGAUUACUAGAUUGGAAAACGCGAUACAAUAUCAUUGAAGGGAUUGCUCGAGGGCUCCUCUACCUGCAUAGGGACUCAAGGCUACGAGUUAUCCACCGUGAUCUCAAAGUUAGCAACAUUUUGCUGGAUGAAGAGAUGAACCCCAAGAUUUCAGAUUUUGGCAUGGCGAGGAUUUUUGGACGCCAUGACAAUGAAACAAACACAAAGCGAGUUGUUGGAACAUAUGGUUAUAUGUCUCCAGAGUACGCAAUGCAUGGGCUAUUCUCAGUAAAAUCAGAUGUAUACAGCUUCGGAGUACUACUUCUAGAGAUCAUUAGCGGAAAGAGAAACAGCACAUUUCAUCAUCCUGAAUCCUAUCUUAACCUUCUAUCCUACGCAUGGAAGUCAUGGAACGAAGACAACGCGAUGGAUUUUAUCGAUACAUCAAUACGAGACUCAUGCUCAUGGACUGAAGUAUCACGAUGCAUGAAUGUUGGUCUCUUGUGUGUACAAGACCGAGCAAACGAUAGGCCAAAUAUGUCGGCGGUGGUUGUAAUGUUGGAGAGUGGGACUAUUGAUCAGGCAUUGCCGAGACAACCAACAUUUGCUGCAGAAAAGAGUUCGAGUGACACUGAGUCGUCGACAUUUGAUAUGAAUUUAUCAGCUAAUGCUUCUAUUACUAGGUUGGUAGGGAGAUAACAGGUUAUAUUGAGCUGUAAAAUUUUGCAUCCUCUGUUUGUUUCUUGAUUUUUACAUGACUUUACAUGAUAUAUAUCCAACUGAUUUUACAUGA